AUGGCGACCGUACGGAUGAUAGAUAUAGCCGUUAACUUCACGGAUGGCAUGUUCAAAGGAAUGUAUCAUGGCAAGCAGUGCCAUGUGUCUGAUAUCGCCGUUUUGAACCGGGCGUGGAGCGCCGGUGUUGAUCGAAUUAUUGUGACUGGUGGCUCUUUGGAGGAAUCAAAAGAAGCUCUAGCCAUUGCCGAAACUGAUGGAAGGCUUUUUUGUACAGUUGGCGUCCACCCCACAAGAUGCAAGGAAUUCGAAGAGAGUGGAGAUCCAGAAAAGCAUUUUCAGGCAUUGUUGUCAUUGGCCAAACAGGGAAUUGAGAAGGGAAAGGUGGUGGCCAUUGGUGAGUGUGGAUUGGACUAUGACAGGCUUCACUUUUGCCCAGCAGAAAUUCAAAGGAAGUAUUUUGAGAAGCAGUUUGAGUUAGCCUAUGCAACAAAGCUGCCUAUGUUUUUGCAUAUGCGUGCUGCUGCUGAAGAUUUCUGUGAAAUUUUAGAACGAAAUAAGGACAGGUUCAGUGGUGGAGUUACCCAUUCAUUUACAGACAGUGCAGAAGAUUGUGAUAAGCUUCUUUCAUUCAGUAAUAUGUAUAUAGGUGUAAAUGGUUGCUCUCUAAAGACAACUGAGAAUCUUGAUGUUGUGAGGGGCGUACCUGUUGAAAGAAUGAUGAUCGAGACAGAUUCUCCAUAUUGUGAAAUAAAAAACACUCAUGCUGGGAUGACUUAUGUAAAGUCUACAUGGCCUUCAAAGAAGAAAGAGAAGUAUGAUCCAGAGUGUAUAGUUAAAGGCCGCAACGAACCUUGCCUAGUUCGGCAAGUUCUUGAAGUUGUGGCUGGUUGCAAAGGUAUCGACAACAUAGAUCAACUAAGUAGGACCUUAUACUACAAUACCUGCAGGGUCUUCUUUCCUCAUGACUUGGAUUCCGCUGCAGAUGCUCUUCUUGCUGGUAGUCAUGAUGCUCAAUAAAGAAUCGAUAUGAGUUGUAAUUUUACUAGAACAAACUUCUUGCUUGACUGUUUUGAUACUCAAUUCCUUUUCAAUAUUGAAGAAGACACAAGUCCUCGUUUUUCAUCAGAAACUGAGAUUCAACAUUGCAACAGAAUAGCUUGGACAGUAAAAUGAGCUUUAAUAGCAUACUUUGCACUCAUAUUUUGUUAUAAAAGUUGAAUACCAAGUCAA